AUGAAUAUACAAAAGCCAAUUGCAAGGAACUAUCAGCCUGGUACCUGUUACUUAUGUCAACUUUAUUUGACUUGUAACAAGAGUCUUGCUUUUGAUACGUGUAAAUGUGAUGCAACUGAAAAACCCAAAAAUAAGCAAAAAAAAAGAGAAUGCUAUAGUAGGAUUUAUAAUUCGAAAGAUAAUGGAAAGCUUAUACAAUUACAAAUUGAUAAACUGAAGGAAUGUGAUAAGUAUUUUGGAUAUUGUUCUAAUUUUGAUGGAUAUUUUCAUUUUUCUUUAUGUACAAAGUGUCACAAUAUAUUUGCAAGGUUAAAGAGAAAUAAUACAAAAAAAAAACAGACAUUUGAAUUAAAUUUAGAUCCAUAUGAUUCCACAACUACUACACUUCCAGCUUCAUCACAUUCGACUUCUCCAAUAUUGAUUUCUCCACUAUCGACUUCUCCACCAAGUUCUCCUACUCAUGCUGAAGAUUCAACAUAUUCAAGCAGUGAUUAUGAUUGUGAUAUUACAGAAUUCAAUUUCAAUUUUAUUAUAAGACCUUGUAAUGAAAAAGCGAGGCCAGCAAAGUGGGAAUCUUUUAAAGUUUUUACAUUUAUAGAAUUUGAAGACGAAAUUUUAGAAUUAGUACAAAACCAAUUUGAUACUUUUAUAAAAAAAGAUAAUUAUAUCAUCAUUUAUAAAAGUUCAAUACACGGAAUGGGUAUACAACUAAUAGAUAAAAGAUGUUGGAAGAAAUUUUUAUUAGAUUAUCAAAAAAUUUUAUCUAGCAAAAAGGAAUUAUUUGUUAUUGUAGAAAUAAAGGAAAAAAGAAAUAAAAGAUUGAAAAGCGAUGUAGAUUUAGAAAUUAGUCAACUAUCCGAUCAAAGAAAAGUAUCAAAAUCAUCUAGUAAUAUUGUUCCUAAGGAGAGUAAUAUUGAUGAAGAGAGUUCAAAAAAAGCCGCUAUUAUAAUGGAAUUGACUAAAAAAUGGUUUUGUCAAGAAUAUUCUCGAACUUGUUUUAUUGAUACAACAAGACAUAUUCAAUUAACUCCCCAUCAUCUUACUAGUUGGGCUAAUGCAAUUGAAAGAGGAUUUGCAAGCGUUGAUGACCCUCCAGCUGUACCUUUAUUCAAUUCAACUAAAAAAAAAGAAAUACCAUUAACACAAUAUAAUCCUCAAAUUUCUCAAAAUUCUCAAUUUUCUCCUUUUAUUAAUCCUUUAUUAUAUCAACAUUUGUUUAAUCAAUUUAUGCAAACAAAUUCUUACUUUUUACCAUCAUCUAGUAGCGAAAAUUCUCAUUUUUUGUCUAAUAGUAAUCUGACACAAAUGCAAAAUUUUACAAAUACAAAAAUUGCGCAAGAAAAUUACGCAAAUGGGAACACAAAUACAAAUAUGAACACAAAUUUUUUACACGAAGGUAAUGCAGGGACAAAUACAAAUACAAAUACAAAUAUCAUACAAGAUAACUCUGUAAAUACGCAAUUACAAAAGAUAACUAUAGAACAAUUUUUGGAGGAUUUAGAUAAAGAGUAUGGUGCCAACACGUUUACAAAAUAUCUGGAUGCUUUUAAAGAACAAGAGGUUGAUGUAUUAGAUAUUAUCAAUUUUAAAGAUAAUGACUGGAUUACAUUAGGAAUUGAAAAAGUUGGACCAAAAAGUAAGAUCAUUAGAGCGUUAGAUAAAUAUAAUAAAUAG